UGCUCCGGUCCUGUCAGCUGCAAAGUGCCGACUGCCUCUUGGUGUGAGUUAGCAGCCGAGGGCAGCAGUACAGGAAAACACUUCCAUCGGCAGCCUUGCGCUGGGCUUUAUCACACAGGGUGAUAACGCUGCUGUGGAGGGGGAAAGUGGUCUCUGGUUUAAGGAAGAGUCUUGGGAGAUGCUGGAGGCUGCUUCUGCACGAAGGGAUGUAAUAUUUUGGUGGUUUCCUCCCCCCAUCUGUUGCAGCAGACUAAUUACUGAUUGGGCUUCAUGAACAUAAAUUCCCGAGGCUGCUGAACUCCCCAGCCCCUUUCCGUUCCACCAUGGACCAGGAUUAUGAGAGACGUCUCCUACGCCAAAUCAACAUCCAGAAUGAAAACACGAUGCCUUGCGUAGCAGAGAUGAGAAGAACCCUGACGCCUUCCAAUUCUCCGAUGUCUUCUCCGAGUAAGCACGGAGACAGGUUCAUUCCCUCAAGAGCUGGGGCCAACUGGAGCAUCAACUUCCACAGAAUAAACGAAAAUGAAAAAUCACCGAGUCAAAACAGAAAAGCAAAGGACGCUACAUCGGACAAUGGCAAAGAUGGCCUUGCUUACUCCGCCCUGCUGAAGAAUGAACUCUUAGGAGCAGGGAUCGAGAAAGUGCAGGACCCGCAGACAGAAGACAGGAGGUUGCAGCCGUCCACUCCAGAGAAGAAGUCCCUCUUCACUUAUUCGCUCAGCACAAAACGUUCCAGUCCAGAUGAUGGUAACGAGGUCUCGCCAUAUUCCUUGUCUCCUGUCAGCAACAAAAGUCAGAAGCUGCUACGAUCACCCCGAAAACCAACUCGGAAGAUCUCAAAGAUCCCUUUCAAAGUGCUGGAUGCCCCGGAACUGCAGGACGACUUCUACCUGAACCUGGUGGACUGGUCCUCUCUUAACGUCCUCAGCGUUGGCCUUGGCACAUGUGUUUACCUGUGGAGUGCUUGUACGAGCCAGGUAACCCGACUGUGCGAUCUGUCUGUGGAAGGAGAUUCGGUAACGUCGGUGGGCUGGUCGGAACGGGGGAACUUGGUAGCCGUUGGCACUCACAAGGGCUUUGUACAGAUCUGGGACGCAGCUGCAGGAAAAAAGCUCUCCAUGCUAGAGGGGCACACGGCCAGAGUUGGUGCCUUGGCAUGGAACGCGGACCAGCUGUCCUCUGGGAGUCGAGACAGAAUGAUCCUUCAGAGGGACAUCCGCACCCCGCCCCUGCAGUCAGAGCGGCGGCUCCAGGGCCACAGGCAGGAGGUCUGUGGGCUCAAAUGGUCAACGGACCACCAGCUCCUGGCCUCUGGGGGAAAUGAUAACAAGCUCCUCGUCUGGAAUCACUCCAGCCUGAGUCCUGUCCAACAGUACACAGAGCAUCUUGCGGCAGUAAAAGCCAUCGCCUGGUCCCCGCACCAGCACGGCCUCCUCGCCUCUGGCGGCGGGACAGCCGACCGCUGCAUACGCUUCUGGAACACGCUCACCGGGCAGCCUCUGCAGUGCAUCGACACCGGGUCACAAGUGUGCAACCUGGCCUGGUCAAAGCACGCCAACGAGCUGGUGAGUACCCACGGAUACUCGCAGAACCAGAUCCUCGUCUGGAAAUACCCCUCGUUAACUCAAGUAGCGAAGCUAACGGGGCACUCGUACAGAGUCUUAUAUCUGGCGAUGUCCCCUGAUGGGGAGGCCAUAGUUACGGGAGCUGGAGAUGAAACCUUGCGGUUCUGGAACGUCUUCAGUAAAACUCGCUCGACGAAGGAGUCUGUAUCCGUUCUCAACCUCUUCACCAGGAUACGGUAAACCCCCCGUACUGCCAUCCAGGAGCCUACAGCCUGCCGUACCAGGAUAAAACCACUACCUUGGUGUGCAUGGAACCCCAAACGAUCACCAGAAGGGAAGGGAGUGCCGGUGGGACUGGAGGAUGGACCCAACAGAUGCUAAUUAAACAUGUGCUUGUGAACCACGCUGGGCAGUAUUUGGGAUGGGGUUGGGGAGGGGAGGGAACCAUCCAAGGAUUCAUCCUUCAGAAAGGGGAACGGGUACAAGAGAAACGUUGAACCAGCACCCUCCCACCCCCUCUUCGUGUACUGGAGAAAACCUGUUUACAUGGACCACUGAGACCGGACCGAGGCCAUCCCAACUGCUGCGUUGUCUGCUCUUAGAGAUGAGAGCAUCCUUUCUGUGGGAAGGGGCUUAACGUGCUGCUGCGGGUCCCUCUGACCUAGGAUGAACAUCUUUGGAGGUAGGAGCCAGCCAGACGUGUUCAAUGCAACUGGUGCGUGGGGACCGGGCUCUGGGCGGGGCGUUAGCCUCUGCUAUCUAAGGGCAUUGUUUAGAGCCUGGGAUCCCCGUUACGUGAAA